CCACAUUGCCAGGACACUGGACAGUCAAUACCGCUGCAGAAGUUUAACAACAACAACAAUAAUAAUAAUCAUCAUCAUCAUCAAAAUGGGGCUAGACAUAUUGUAGCUGCAGGCUUGAGAAUAAUGAAUCCAUAUGGGAAAUAUUUCACAGUUUACAUUGUGUACUAGGCGAACACUAUAAUAUGUCGUCUGUGUGUAAAAGUUGUGCCAAACGUUUAAACUUAACCAGAUAAUCGCGAAAAUCAUGUGAUCUGUCAAACAUAAAGAGGAAGUGGAACUAUUCUUUUUCCAACACAAAGAAACUGGUUUUGAUACAAGAUGUCUCACUCAGGAGAUGCAGCAAAUAACAUUAAAGAUAUGGCUAUUGAUUUCAUAGCAGGAUCCUUAGGAGGAAUUGGCUCAGUUUAUGUUGGUCAACCUUUGGAUACUGUAAAAGUGAAAAUGCAGACAUUUCCAGCAUUGUAUCAGGGAAUGGUGGAUUGUUUUCGACAAACUCUAAUGAAGGAAGGAGUUGCAAGAGGUCUGUAUGCUGGGACAGUGCCAGCUAUAGCAGCAAAUGUUGCCGAGAACUCUGUUCUCUUUGCUUGUUAUGGAUUAUGCCAAAAAGCUAUAGCAAAAGCUGUGGGAGUCCAGAAUACUGGUGAUCUGAGCACUCUUGCAAAUGCUUCUGCAGGUUUCUUUGCUGCCUUCUUUUCAUCCCUUGUUUUGUGCCCUACAGAGCUGGUUAAAUGCCAACUACAAGCCAUGCGGGAGGUUCAGAUGCAAUCACUGAAACAAGGGGAUACAGUGAGUAAAAUUGGACCAUUCCGCUUAACGAAGAAUAUCUUACAAAAAGAUGGGAUCAAUGGUUUGUUCAGAGGAUUAACAUCAACAAUUGCCCGUGAAAUGCCUGGGUAUUUUUUCUUUUUUGGAGGAUAUGAGGCAUCUAGAACAUUCCUUACUCCACAAGGGCAAACAAAAGAUGAUAUAGGACCCCUCAAGACAAUGGCCUCAGGUGCAAUUGGUGGAGUCGUAUUCUGGAUGGUCACAUUUCCUGCUGAUGUGAUAAAAUCACGUAUUCAGGUAGCAGGUUCAAAGGAGACAAUGAUUUCAGUUCUGAUGCGUAUCAUUCAGAAAGAAGGUCCAUAUGCACUCUACAAUGGCCUUCGACCAACUGUUGUCCGUACAAUUCCUGCCACUGCAACAUUGUUCCUUGUGUAUGAGAAUAGUAAGAAACUCAUGCACCAUUUUACUGACUGAAGUAUUUAAAUAGAAAUGAUCAUGCUGCACUAGAAUGCAUAAAUUGUGCAAAAGUACUGUAAUAUGGGUAAUAGUAAUAUAUUAGCCAACACAAAGAGCAUGUAAAUCCACAAACUCACCUAGGACAGUUAACUCUUGAAUAAUAUGCAGGCAUCAUUUUGUUACUUUUUGUGAAAAUAUAAAUAACUAUAUUUUAAAGACAACAUUUUUCAUAAGGAAAUGUGAUGAGCAUUGGAAUCAUUCACCCAGUAUGGCAGAGCUAUGUGGAUGUAAGGUAUGCACUCAUAAUGCCUUUGUAGAAUUCUUUUGUAUAAUUUCCAUAAACUUACAAUGUAAGUUUGUUUGUAUUUAAGACAGAUGGCUGGCUAUGGAUCAUUUGUCAAAAAGUGUGAAAUCAAGGUCAAGUUUAUAAUAAAACAAAUUACAAAUA